GCCUGGUCCGACCUAGCACACUUCAACGGUAACAUCGAGCCCACAGCUCAUAUCAAACCGAUCGCGGAUCGCGAAUUCACAAGUUUCGAAGUGUCACAGGAGAUUAAUAUAAAAAAUGACUCAGGCUUGCUUAGUUGUGGCUGUCGUCGCGAUUUUACUAGUAUCACACGGAGUAAGCGCUAAACGUGGAUGCUCCGCAUUUGGACAUUCCUGUUUUGGUGGACACGGCAAGAGAUCUGACUCGGCGAUGGAUACGAGCCCCGAGAUGAUAGCGCGUCACCAGCCGGGACAAGAGGAGACUGCCCCUCACCCAGUGUAUCCCCACUCAGGGUACAAUGGGGUGCUGCCUCCUGGAGACGACAUCAUCCCCGUCAGAGAUGGAGGUGUGUACGAGGACGCCGCAGCCAAGGACGUGAUGAAGUUUAAAUUGAGGAACAUCGUGCAGCACUGGAUGGAUAACUACAGGCGGUCACAGCAAAAUGACGACGGUUACUUUAUUGAAAACUUGUAAAAAUCAUACAGUGUGUUAUAUAAUCCGUAACAAUAAUAUAUAGAAAGGAAAUCUGUCGAUACAUAAGAAUUGGUAGACUGCUUUUUAUGUAAUAGGCGAAGUUUUGUAUUCACAAAACUCAAUGACUCUAUGUGAAGACCUAAUCCAAAGAAAGAAGUAUCUAAAACGUGUUUCAUGAAGGAUAAAAUGUUGUGAAAAGAAGUACCUAUAUUUUAACUUACCAAAAGUCUUUUUAAGCUAUCAAACUAUAUUGUAAACUAAACUUCCAACAUGGAUAAUUAUUUUGUUGUUACUUAACAAAAACAUUCUUGCAAUUAAAUUUAUGAGUAAAAUACACAUAACUUUUAUUAAAACGUACAUUUACGAGAUAGAUAUCUAAUGGAUGUACGUCUCAAAUGGUCAUUUGCAGAAAGGAUUGGACAUUUUUAACGUGUCCUUUUUUAAAAUUAUGUUUUCAACCCUGUAUCGCCUUUGGCGAUUGAAGAUUUACCUGUUUUAACUGUGACAGUGUUUUAAAAUUUUACGAAUUUACUCUGAAUAAUAUUAUAAUACAAUGAUUAAUGUGAUUUCAAUUCUAAAAAAUCGAAAUUAUUUUCUGAUCAAACUUUUGGCUGUGACUCUUUGAUCUGAUGAUGAUAUUAAAUCUUCAGUUGAUCAGAGUAGAAAUUUUGAUAAUAUCAUUAGUUUUAAAAAGAUUGAAAUACUUUAAUCUUCAAGCAAAACGUUACCAUUUGCACUAAUAACAUAGGAUUUUCUUCGAGAAUUUACCCAUUCUUAUUUUGUAGGAAAUGUUUGUUUAAAAUAACGUCAUUGCACAUACAGAAAUUGAAGAGUAACACAAAGACAACGGCGAACUUAUCCCAUGAAGGGAUCUCUUCCAGUCAACAGUUAAGCGAAGAAAGAGCUACUAUUUCUAUAGAUGUUAACAAAUAAAUGUUUUUUUCUUUCCUUGUUGUAAGUACCAACCUGGAACUUUACGUUUCUGUAACGUGGCAAGAAAUGCAUGUAAUUAUUUGAUGGAAAAUGUAUCUUAUAGACUUAUUACAUGGAACAGGGUAGAUAAAUAUGGCAUUUGUAAAAAGCAGACUACCAAAAUGCAGAAAUUUUAAAAAGUCUAAAAAAACAUAGAAAUUUUAUAUAUAAUACUAAAUUUUCUUGUCAAUUAAUGGUGUCACAUUUUUAAUGUCUGUUAUGUAGAUACUUUGUUACUUUAAAUACGUUUUCGGAAGGCUGGCUUCACUUUAACUAUUAUUGUACAAAAAUCUACGCUUUUGUAAAAUAAUGCUUUUAUAUUACUAAACUGAUCAAGAUUUGUUGUUUUUUAUUUUUUGCUCAGAUGGCGGACUUUUCAAGAAGUAUAAAUUAAUUUGAUUUUCUUAAUUACCUUUUGUUUUCAAAUUAAUUGAAGAAAUAUUUGUUAACGUUAAAGUAUACUUACGAUGUUUUUGGUGACUUGCUUAAUUUUUAUCGCCUAGUAUUGAUAUCAGACCUCCAUCGGUGAUAUCAAAAUUAUGAUAUUAAUCGAUCUAAUAAGAUUUAUUAACUUCUUUGAAUGAAGAUAGCUCAGAGCUCACGAAAGUAUUUCCACUUUCUUGUCCAAACAUUUUUUCGGUUGCUUCCUCAGCCGUUAAACAGGUCUAAAUUUUUUAUAUUUAAACUAAAUCAGUUUACUAGGUGUAGGUAGCUAAAAACACGGCAAAAUGUUUAUCAGAAAUAACAUGAACGAAAGCAAAAGAUGUCAUUAUAUAAAAUGUCCCUCAUCUGUGCAUACCUUUAUUCGAACAUAGUGUGUAGGUACCUGAAUUGAAUAUUUGAUUUACACUAAUUUGUAUUGAGUUAUAACUAACGUAAGUUUACCAUCAACAACAAUUGUCGUAUAUAAUAACUGUCUCUGUGAAUAAUUUGAGUAUUAAUAAAUGGUUAGAUAUGACAUAUUA